GGGCUGCGGCCGUCAUGGAUCGCAGUUAGAGCGUCGCGGGCCUGUUCGAUGGCACUAUAUUGUCCAAAGUUUAUAUUAAAAAUUAAAUUAAUUUCUUUAUAAUUUAUUAAACGUUUUAGAAGAAUAAGUUGAUCUUAUUUUAUUCGUAAAUAACUUGGUCGCAAACAUGGCUGUGAACGUGUGUUGUUGUGUUGAAUUGUCGCCUAACAAAAAAUCGAUUUUUGGAUUGAGAAUGAAGAGCCAAAUAUUGUAUUUUGUAUUGUUUAUUGGCUUUUUGGUGUCGGUAUCGGCAGCAGACUCGGAAAUGUCCUGUGCUAAUGUGAAAACAUUAUUUGAAAAGAAAGGAAUGCUGGCGAUGAUUGACUUGCAAGAACAGCCUAAUUCAGACGCGGGAGAGCUCUGCGCCAACAAGGGUUGCUGCGGGCCGGCCGCACGGCCGCGCCUCACGCAGCAAGCGAGGAUUCAGUUGGAGGGACAAUUGCGCAGUGAGCUGACGAAGCUGGCAGAUGUACUGGGGAACAAGGCGAAGAAGUUUGAUGAAUUCUUCCGGAAACUUCUACAGUUGUCCCGCGAAGAGUUCCACGCUAUGUUCAAACGGACAUACGGAAUGAUCUACGAACAACAUUCGUACGUCUUCGUGCAGCUAUUCGAGCAAUUGGAGAGGUACUACACACGCGGCGACACAGAUUUUGACUCAAUGAUGGAUAGUUUCUUCGGAAUACUCUACCAGAAAAUGUUCACGGUUCUCAACUCGCAGUACAGUUUUGAUGACAAAUACCUAAAAUGCGUAAGCGAGCACAUGAGAGACAUCCAACCAUUCGAGGAUGUGCCCUCCAAACUUUCCGUGCAACUCCGUCGCGCCUUCGUUGCUACACGCACCUUCCAUAAAGCAUUGCGAGCUGGAGCAGAUGUUGUCAGGAAUAUGGUACAGGUGGGAGUGAGUCAAGAGUGCGUGACUGCUUGGGCUCGAUUACGGUACUGCGGCACGUGUGCGGGCGACCCGACGCUCGCCUGCAGCCGCUACUGCCACAAUGUGAUCCGCGGCUGUUUGCCGGCUCAUGCUGAUCUUAGUGAACAGUGGGACGCUUAUGUUGAUGCCGUGGAAAAGGUAGCUGACCGCCUGCUCGGGCCGUUUAACAUAGCCAUGGUAGUCGGACCGAUAGACAUAAAGAUAUCAGAAGCCAUCAUGAGCUUCCAGGAGCGCAACCAGGAGAUAUCACAGAAAAUAUUUUCUGGUUGCGGCAAGCCUGUCUUGGGCGGUGGUGGUAGUUCUGGCCCGUUCUUCGCACCAGACAGGACGCGAAGAUUCGCACGUUCCUUACCAGAAAUGGACUGGAACAAGGCGAACGACGUAGACGAUUUCGUGAUAGAAACGUCGCUAGAGACAGUUGUGAAUAACGACCCGUCACUGAACAGCCUCCGGACGCCAGAGGACAUCAAAAGAGUGACGGAGGAGAUGGAGGAACAGGCGAAGUCGAGGUCCCGGUUCCUGCAGUAUAUGAGGGGAGAUAUAACCUUGCAGCAGUAUGAGGAACAUGAGAGGGAGAGAGAGAAGAGAGACGCAGACCCGGAGCCGGCGGGAGAGAUAGAUUACAGGUCGUACGAGUUUGAUGGCAAGCGCGGUUCGAAGAAGAAGAAGCCAGCUACUAAAGUCGAAGAGAGUCAUGGCGCAGAAGGCGGCCCGGCCCUCGAGCGUCUAGUCCGCGAGACGCGCGCCCGCGUGCGCAGCUCGCGGCGCUACUGGGCGCACCUCCCCGCGCUGCUGUGCGCUUCCGCCAGUAUCACAUCCGCGCCCUGCUUCAACGGGACGCACGUUGCCGCAUACACAGCAAUAGCAGCAGGCGACGGGAGCACAGCACUAGCGUCAAACCCGGAAGUGCGCGGAACUCCACCGCCCUCUAGCGUCGCUAGAACACAACUGGACUCGCUGAAAACGCUCACAGCAAGGUUGAAGGAUGCGUAUAAUGGAGUGGAGGUGCAGUGGAAGGAUUCGGCUGAAGAUCUGCAAGCGGCUGAAACUAAUCUAGACUUAUUCGAGAGUGCUGGCUCAGGGUCUGGCUCCGGAGACCACAUCGAUGAUAAUGAUGAUCUGCCUGAUGAUGACGAGGAUCGGGAUGCUGGCAAUGACUAUCCUGAAGGUUCCGGUGACCACCAAACGGACACAGAGACAACAGACAUCGACACGCACAGCCAGACACCGAUAUCAGAAGUGCCCAACAUCAUUGACUCACCGGCCAUCAACAACGGCCAACCCCGGCUUCGUACCGAUCUCACCGGCCCUGAUGACGUCACAGGCACCGGUAUUGGCACCGAUAUCGAUAUCGACACCAAUACCGAUACCGAUAUCAGUAAGGAAAGGACACCGGUGCGCGAACAACCGGUCGCUUCAGCCGCAGACAGGCCGUCGCUACAAAACGCUCUCUUCUCAUACGCUUUGCCCGUGGUGUGCGCGUGGUUCGGUACAAUCGUUACCGACUUGUUUUAAACUCCACUAGGCGAUGACAUUUAACGGGCAACGCAUAAUAAAUCUCACUGGCUUUUAUUAUAUACUGAACUUUUCAACAGCAUCUUGACUUCUGGUUCAGUGUUAUAAUCUCAAUCAGUGUUGCACAAUAAAUGAACCCAAAAAUGUCGUCGCCAAUGCAGCCUAGUCAGUGCGAGCGACGGUUUUGAAGCGGUCAUGUUACACGCACGAUCCUGUGAUAAAUUGAGGACGGAAUAUUGUGGCAAGUUUUGACCUGUCAGUGUCAGAGGACAGAUAAUAAAAGUGACGUUUAAAUACAGAUUAUAAAUUGGUGGUUCGUAUCUCACGGUCGGAUAUCAAGUGAUCGACAAUAACGGAAAUAACUAUCCCAAUGAAUUUAGGUCGUAAUCGAAAAAUGUUUAGAGAAAUAUCAGCCAAAUUGUGUAUUUAUUUAAUGAUCUUGUAAAUAUUAACGUGUAAAUUAUGAUCGAUUUAGAUAGCGAAUGUUUUUAUUUUCACGUACUAUGUUUGUAUGUAAUGGUCUUUUGAGCCGAUUUGCUUCGCGUUCGGAAAGAUUAAGGAAACGAUAUUUAAAAUUAAAAAAAAAUUGUCUAUGAUGAAGGAUGUAGGAAUAGUGUAAAUGUACAUAAAAAUGGCGCGAAGCAUCGGCGAUAUGAAAUGUUAUAAAAUGUAAAUAAAAUUUAGUCGUUAAACUAAGCAUAAGUUGAGACUGAUUCGCUUUGCUUUAUUAUGUUUCAUUUAAUGCAAUGGCAAGCUUAUUUUAUAAUACUUUAAUAUGAAAUUUUCUUAUUUUUUGUGACCGCAUUUUCUUAUUCCUACUAAGUAAACGACUCGUGUCAUAAUUUGUUUAAUUUUUAAUUUUAUAUACAAUUAUUAAAAUGCAGUUUUACAUUAUAAUUUCAAUGUAAAUAUUUUUUUUUAUAUUUCCAAUGCAUUAUAUUUUUAUUUCUUCUUAUUCAAUUUAGUCUUGGUAGCUGUUAAUUAUUAUAUUUUAGGAAUUUUAUAUUUAAAAUCAAUCAUUUAGUCAUUUUUACGCACAACAUUGAAAUUAAUUAACAUGUACUUCAAUAUAAAUGCUAAAUUAACUGCCUACUUAUUUUUUAUUUUAGACUUUUUGUCACCAUAACGCAAAUUUUUAAUACGUGCAAGUUGCGGGACCAAAACUAAACCCUUAAUAAUUGUAUUGUGCCAUCUACUUUUAACUAAAUAGUAAAUUUCUUCGCAAUGUAUCUUGCACAGAUUAAUAUUUUUAUCACCAUGACAUCUCAUAGAAUAUAGAUUUAUAUACUGGCAAGUUUAACUCAUGAACUUUGUUUCUUGUAAUAUUAAAGCAAAAAAUGUUUAAAAUUUUAUUUUAUUUGUGUAUUUAUUUACCUAAUGUUUUUAAUGCAUUUUUUUCAACUGGUAAUUACGAUUUACGUGACAUUUGUAUAUUAUAAACAUUUAAAAAUGUAAUUUUUGUCUGUUCUAUGUUAGAGAUAGCUUUUUUACAGUUCGCUUAUAUAUAAUAACAGGGUAACAUGUUAUAUAGAUUUACUGCGAGUUGAUUUAUGAUUCAGUUUUAAUCUGUUCAUUAUUUAACCAGAAAAUGUUUAACAUUUACCGAUAUACGUUCAAAUCAUCUAUUUUACUUUUAUAUAAGUUUCAUCAUUUUUAUGUAACUAAGAAUGCUCAUUGUAAGAAAACUGAAUACCAGUGAUACCAAGUUAAAUUACUCAGUCAUGACUCUAAUUAUUUUACUAUAAUAUACGUAAUUUGGAUAAUUAUUAAUACAUCCCUUGUAUUAUGAAUCAAUCUAGCAGUCACACUUCGUUGAGAACGAUGUAUUGUCAAGAAAUGUUGCCUGUUUAAAAAUAUCUCGAUUAUUAAGUGUGACAUUAAAUACGAAUAGGUAUCGAAAUUUUUAUAAAAAUAUAUUACUGCAUAAGUAAUGUGUAAAUAAAAUGGUAACAUGUGUA